AUGGCAGCGCCCUUCGCACGGCUGGCCUCCAAUGGCUUCCAGCGAGCAUGCCUGCGCCCAGCGCGCCAGACGGCCACCAAGAACUCCCUGCGAUGCCUCUCGACCACACCCGCACGAAGAAUGGCCACGCCCACUGAAGCGCAUCCCAACCCAAUCCAUGGCAACUCCUUCCCAGCACACAGCGGCACACGCCUCAUACCCGUCGAUCCCUCAUUUGGCCACCCCGUCGACCCGAACAAGACGGCCAUGAACAUCCCCAACGUAGACGCCGCCACUCCGGACGAGCGGAAGAUCCGCCACUACACUGUCAACUUCGGUCCACAACAUCCCGCCGCCCACGGUGUGCUACGACUGAUCUUGGAGCUGAAUGGAGAAGAGAUUGUGCGCGCAGAUCCCCACGUGGGUCUGCUACACCGUGGCACGGAGAAGUUGAUCGAGUACAAGACAUAUCUGCAGGCACUGCCAUACUUUGACAGACUGGACUAUGUCAGUAUGAUGACCAAUGAGCAGUGCUUCUCGCUGGCUGUGGAGAAGCUGUUGAACAUUGAGGUACCCGAAAGAGCCAAGUGGAUCAGGACACUGUUUGGAGAGAUUACACGCGUCUUGAACCAUCUCAUGUCUGUGCUGUCCCACGCUAUGGAUGUCGGUGCUCUGACACCUUUCUUGUGGGGUUUCGAGGAACGUGAGAAGCUCAUGGAAUUCUAUGAGCGUGUCUCUGGUGCCCGUCUCCACGCAGCAUACGUCCGACCUGGAGGUGUAUCUCAAGAUCUGCCAGUCGGCCUUCUCGACGACAUCUACCAAUGGGCAACACAAUUUGGCGACCGCAUCGACGAGACGGAAGAGAUGCUUACAGACAACCGUAUCUGGAUCGGCCGAACCAAGGGCGUUGGUGUCGUCAACGCCGCUGACGCUCUCAACAUGUCCUUCUCCGGCGUCAUGCUCCGAGGCUCCGGUGUGCCUUGGGAUGUCCGCAAGUCGCAACCCUACGACGCAUACGACCAAGUCGAAUUCGACGUCCCAGUCGGCCAGAACGGUGACUGCUACGACCGUUACCUUUGCCGAAUGGAGGAGUUCCGACAGUCUCUCCGCAUCAUUCACCAAUGUCUGAACAAGAUGCCUGCCGGCCCUGUCAAGGUCGAGGAUUACAAGAUUUCGCCACCUCCACGUGCCGCCAUGAAGGAGAACAUGGAGGCCUUGAUUCACCACUUCUUGCUUUACAGCAAGGGUUACACAGUCCCACCCGGCGAGACAUACUCCGCCAUCGAGGCGCCAAAGGGUGAGAUGGGUGUAUAUGUUGUAUCCGACGGCAGUGAACGACCAUACCGAUGCAAGAUCCGCGCACCUGGCUUCGCACACUUGGCAUGCUUCGAUCAAGUGUCAAGAGGGCACUUGCUCGCAGAUGCUGUCGCUAUCAUCGGUACCAUGGACUUGGUGUUCGGCGAGGUCGACCGAUGA